CUUCACACAACACCAACUUCAAAAUCAAAUCACACCCUUUUUUUUUCUUUCAAUAAUUUCUCAUUUUUCCCUCAAAAGUUCAAUUUUUUUUGGUUUCAGCUCAAAUUUUGAUAAAGCUUUACUCUUUCCAAUUUUGGGUCUCAGAUUUUCUUGAUUAAACUUCCAAAGGUGCUUUUUUUCUGGUAUUUUUUUUCAUUGGGUUCGAAAAAGGAGAAAUUUUUACUAUGAUUUUCAAGGUUUUUUCUUUUCUGAUUCUACUUGUGUUAUGUACUUUUGCUGUGGAAGCCAUUUCUGUGAAUCACAAUCACAAUAGUCUGAAGAAGAAUGGAUCUUCUCUUGCUGCUAUAAAGUUUCCUGAACAUCCAAGUUUCAAUGUUGCUGCUUCUUCUGAGGACACAGAUUGUGGCUUUUCAAAUUCAGACAAAUUUGGAGCUACAAUGAAACCAGAUGAAGAAGGUGUUGAGCUUUUUCCACUUUCAAAUCCACACAAGCAAUCAGUGAAGCUUCAUUUGAAACACAUAUCAAUGAGCAAAGAAACUGAGCCAAAAAGAAAAUCAGUGAUUGAUUACACAGUAAAGGAUUUGACAAGAAUUCAAACUCUUCACACAAGGGUCAUUGAAAAGAAGAACCAAAACACAAUUUCAAGGCUGCAGAAAGCAAAUUCAAAGCAGUCAUAUAAAAAAGAGGUUGCUCCGGUCGCUGCGGCGCCGGAAUAUUCGACUCAGCUUGUGGCAACUUUGGGAUCAGGAGUGAGUCUUGGCUCUGGUGAGUAUUUCAUGGAUGUGUUUAUAGGUACACCACCUAAGCAUUAUUCUCUAAUACUUGAUACUGGUAGUGACCUUAAUUGGAUUCAAUGUGUUCCUUGCAUUGCUUGUUUUGAACAAACUGGUCCUUAUUAUGAUCCUAAAGAAUCUAGUUCUUUUGAGAAUAUAACCUGUCAUGAUCCUAGAUGCAAGCUUGUUUCAUCACCAGAUCCACCUAGGCCUUGUAAGGAUGAGAAUCAAACAUGUCCUUACUUCUAUUGGUAUGGUGAUAGUUCUAACACAACCGGUGAUUUCGCAUUGGAGACUUUUACGGUUAAUCUCACGAAUUCGAAUGGAAAUUCAGAGUUCAAACAUGUUGAGAAUGUGAUGUUUGGUUGUGGUCAUUGGAAUAGAGGACUAUUCCAUGGUGCUGCUGGUUUGUUAGGAUUAGGGAGAGGACCUUUGUCAUUUGCUUCGCAGCUUCGAUCUAUCUAUGGUCAUUCGUUUUCGUAUUGUCUAGUUGAUAGAAACAGCGACUCGAGUGUUAGUAGUAAGUUGAUAUUCGGCGAGGAUAAGGAACUUCUUGGCCAUCCGAAUUUGAAUUUCACUUCUUUUGUUGGUGGCGAAGAGAAUUCGGUUGAUACGUUUUACUACGUUGGGAUAAAAUCGGUUAUGGUUGAUGGCGAGGCGUUGAGUAUACCAGAAGAAACUUGGCGUUUAUCGGAAGAAGGUUCGGGUGGUACUAUAAUUGAUUCUGGAACAACUUUAACUUAUUUUGCAGAACCUGCUUAUGAGAUUAUCAAAGAGGCUUUUAUGAAAAAGAUUAAGGGGUAUGAAAUUGUUGAAGGCUUUCCUCCUCUAAAGCCUUGUUAUAAUGUUUCAGGAAUUGAGAAAAUGGAGUUACCUGACUUUGGGAUUUUGUUCUCAGAUGGAGCAAUGUGGGAUUUUCCUGUAGAGAAUUACUUUAUACAGAUUGAAUCUGAUGUUGUUUGUUUGGCUAUUUUGGGGACUCCUAGGUCUGCUCUUUCAAUUAUUGGAAAUUAUCAGCAACAGAAUUUUCAUAUACUUUAUGACAUGAAGAAAUCGAGACUCGGUUAUGCACCGAUGAAGUGCACCACAACUUGAAUCGGCGGCGAGUAACAAUCGGAAUCGGUGCUCGUCGGAAAAAUGGUUAACGCAAAGUUUCACCAGUACCAGGUCGUCGGAAGGGGUCUUCCUACCGAAACCGAUGCGCACCCGAAGAUUUACCGCAUGAAGCUUUGGGCAACCAAUGAGGUUCGUGCCAAAUCCAAAUUCUGGUAUUUCUUGAGGAAGUUGAAGAAAGUGAAGAAAAGCAAUGGACAAGUGCUGGCUAUCAAUGAGAUCUUUGAGAAAAAUCCCACCAAGAUUAAGAACUAUGGAAUAUGGUUGAGAUAUCAGAGUCGUACAGGUUAUCACAACAUGUACAAGGAAUACCGUGAUACUACUCUAAACGGUGCUGUUGAGACGAUGUACAACGAAAUGGCAUCUCGUCAUAGAGUCAGGUUUCCAUGCAUUCAAAUUAUUAAGACUGCCACCAUCCCAGCCAGUCUUUGCAAAAGGGAGAGCACUAAGCAAUUCCACAACUCCAAAAUCAAGUUCCCGUUGGUGUUUAAGAAGAUCAGACCACCUAGCAGGAGCCUAAAAACAACAUACAAAGCUAACAGGCCCAACCUGUUUAUGUGAUUCAGUAAUCAUAUUUUCUUUGUUUAUGUGAUUCAGUAAUCAUACUUUCUUUCUCAUAUUGGAGUUGCUUUAUUUAUCUGUUAGCUUUUUAAGAACUUUUACUGAAGAUAAUUGUAUUUUAACAAAACUUCAUUCAUGGCAAACUCUGACAUAGUUUGCAUUUUUUCUUGUUGAGUAUUUUGUUUUAUGUUUGUUUAGCAGUUAUAUAUUUAUUAUUUGUGUUUGUUGUACUGGUAUGAGAUUGAUUUUUAAUUUAGCGAUUACUUUUCCUUUCA